ACCUUAUUGAAAGGAAGGGAUUUGUCUGCUUAAUAGAUCGGCUUAGUAGAUUGUCCACAAGUUCCAGCCGGUAUCGAUGUGGGUCUCCAGAACAAAACAGGGCAAAAACUCUUCUGAACUCAGAUUUUCGAAGAGCGGUGUAUAACCAACCUGGAUCUGAGCGCGGCCGAAAUUGUCCUAAGAACUACAGUUCCCAGAAGGCAGCCCGGAAAAAGGGCGGUAGUAGAAAGGGACUUCCGGAUGCUGAUGCGGGCCUUGUCAGCGCGACACACGGAGCCAACAUGACGAAGUUAACACAGUGGCUUUGGGGACUGGCUCUCCUGGGCUCUGCCUGGGCUGCCCUGACCAUGGGAGCACUGGGCUUGGAGUUGCCUUUCUCCUGCCGAGAGGUCCUGUGGCCACUGCCUGCCUACCUGUUGGUGUCCGCUGGCUGCUAUGCCCUGGGCACGGUGGGCUAUCGCGUAGCUACAUUUCAUGACUGCGAGGACGCUGCCCGAGAGCUGCAGAGCCAGAUCGUGGAGGCCCGAGCUGAUUUAGCACGCAGGGGACUGCGCUUCUGACACCUAAACCCAUUCCAGUCUGGACAUCUUUCCUCAUUCCGAAUUAAAAUGCAGUUUUAUUUUCUAA